CCCGGGAUAACCGCUGGAAGCACCUGGAGCCAGAGGAGCGGCUGCGAUGGAGUUUCCUGCCGUGGCACUGUCACUCCUCGUGGCGCUGCGAAUGUCUCCGCUGGCUGCUGGGAGCAAACUGCAGCCCCACAUGCCCAACGUGUGCGCGGCGCAGGAGCUGGCGGUGCAGGGGCUGCGGCAGCCGUGCGUGCAGGCGCUGAGCCGCGCCGCCCGCGCGUGGCAGCAGGGCUGCGGGGAGCGCCGCUGGUGCCCGGCCCUCGAGCACAGGGUUGUGUAUUACACGGGCUACAGGCAGGUGUACCAGCUGAGGUCCCAGACCACCUACAGGUGCUGCCCAGGAUGGUCCCAGCUCCCAGGAGAUGCUGGCUGCCUGCACAUGUUCUCGGGGACUUUGGGAUGGGGUGUUUGCCCUUCUGAUGGUCAGCGUGGGAUCAUCCUCGUCCUCCUCCCUGCCUGUGGUUACAGAGUUUGCCUCAAUGGUGGGAGUUGCCAAGAGGGAUCCUUGCAGCUCUGUCACUGCUCCUCUGGCUUCCAGGGUCCUCACUGCCAGCACGAUGUUGACGAGUGCCAGGUGCACAACGGGGGCUGCCAGCACCGCUGUGUGAACACCCUGGGCUCCUUCUACUGCGAGUGCCAGCCCGGCUUCCGCCUGCACACGGACGGCAGGACCUGCCUCGCUCUGAACUCGUGUGCCCUGAACAACGGCGGCUGCGAGCACGACUGUGUGCAGGUGACGCUGGCCCAGCACCGCUGCCAGUGCAGGCACAACCACCAGCUGCACGAGGAUGGCAAACGCUGCAUCCGUGAGAACCCAUGCUCUGACAGGAAUGGGGGCUGCAUGCACCGCUGCCACAGCCACCGCGGCCGCGCCCGCUGCCAGUGCCACCCCGGCUACCAGCUGGCCCCCGAUGGCAAGGCCUGCGAAGAUGUGAACGAGUGCCUGGCGGGGCUGGCCAUGUGUGCACACCAGUGCCUCAACACCCGGGGCUCCUUCAAGUGCACCUGUAACCCGGGCUACGAGCUGGGGGCGGAUGGCAAGCGCUGCUACCGGAUAGAGAUGGAGGUUGUGAACAGCUGUGAAACCAACAACGGGGGCUGUUCCCACAUGUGCCACCACACCAGCUCUGGCCCAGUCUGCACCUGUAACUUUGGCUUUAGGCUGGAAGAGGACCAGAAGUCGUGCACGGAUAUCAAUGAGUGUGACACGGGUUCUCACUGUUGUCAGCAAGACUGCUACAACUACCCUGGGGGCUACGAGUGCUCCUGCCACGCCGGGUACAGGCUCAGCACCGACGGCUGUGGCUGUGAUGAUGUGGAUGAGUGCUCUGCAAACAACGGUGGGUGUGAACACACGUGCCAGAACCUGCCAGGGUCGUUCCAGUGUGGCUGUGACAUUGGGCACAAGCUGGAUGAAGACAGAAGGAGCUGCAUCACCAUCGAGGACACGGUGGAGGCCCUGGAUGGCCGGCGCCCUGUCAUCCGCCCCAUCCCUCACGUGGCCAUCCUGCGGGACGAGUUCACCCAGCUCUUCAACGAUGACUACGAGGAAGAGGAGGAAGAGCUGGAAGCACGAGGGGAGCACACGCUGUCAGAGAAAUUCGUGUGCCUGGAGCACACGUUUGGCCCCGACUGCAGCCUGACCUGUGACGACUGCCAGAACGGAGCGGCGUGCGGCGCCGAGGGCAGCGGCUGCCUCUGCGCGCCCGGCUGGACGGGCGUGCUGUGCAACCAGACUUGCCCGGCCGGCACCUUCGGCAGCAACUGCAGCCAGAGCUGCUGGUGCCAGAACGGCGGCACCUGCGAGCCUGCCACCGGCGCCUGCCGCUGCCCGCCCGGCGUGGCUGGAGAGCUCUGCCAGGACGGGUGCCCCAAGGGAUUUUUCGGGAAGCACUGCAGGAAAAAGUGCAACUGUGCCAACCGGGGUCACUGCCACCGGAUUUACGGAGCCUGUCUGUGCGAUCCCGGCCUGUACGGCCGCUUCUGCCACCUGGCGUGCCCCAGGUGGGUGUUUGGGGCCGGCUGCUCGGAGGAGUGCCGGUGCCUGCAGCGCAACUCGCGGGACUGCGACGCCAGGGACGGCUCCUGCCGCUGCAAGCCCGGCUACCACGGCCAGCACUGCCAGCACAGCUGUGACCCCGGGUUCUAUGGGGAUGGCUGCAAGAAGAAGUGUAGCUGCUCUCCAGGAGUGCCCUGUGACCCUGUCACCGGGGAGUGUCACCAGGAGUGUCCCCCCGGCUACCACGGCGAGCACUGUGACCAAGAGUGCCCUGAGGGGACAUUUGGGCCAGGCUGUCAGCAUCCCUGUGCCUGUGGAGAAGCACCCUGCGACAGGAGCACGGGGCAGUGCCACUGCCCACCUGGCUGGACAGGACACGACUGUGCCCAAGCUUGCCCUGAGGGUCUCUGGGGACCGGGCUGCCAGGAGAUCUGCCCAGCCUGUGCCAACAACGCCAGCUGUGACCCCGCCACCGGAGCCUGCCUGUGCCCAGCUGGCUACACGGGCCAGCGCUGCCAGGAUGUGUGUCCACCCGGCUGGUUCGGCCCCGACUGCCAGCUGAGCUGCAGCUGUGGCAACGAGGGACAUUGCCACCCUGUGACGGGGGCGUGCAGCUGCCCGCCCGGCUGGACGGGGCACCACUGCCAGCGAGCCUGUGACCUGGGCCGCUGGGGCCCCGACUGUGCCCACGCCUGCAACUGCAGCAACAGCGACGGCAGCUGCAGCGCCCGGAGCGGGCAGUGCCUGUGCGAGGCCGGGUACACGGGCACCCGCUGCGAGCAGAAGUGCCCUGAAGGGUGGUUUGGGCAGAGCUGCCAGCACCAGUGUCAGUGUGACAACGGAGCCACCUGUGACCACGUCAGCGGGGCCUGCACCUGCAGCCCAGGCUGGAGAGGAACCUUCUGUGAGCACGCCUGCCCUGAUGGAUUUUAUGGACUGGAGUGUCGACAAGCCUGUGACUGCCUGAAUGGUGCCCACUGUGACCCUGUGACGGGACAGUGCCAGUGUCCCCCGGGCUGGACUGGAGCCCGCUGUGCCCAGGCGUGCCAGGAGAACAAGUACGGCCAGAACUGCAGCCACACCUGCAGCUGCUUCAACAAUGCCACCUGUGACCACGUCAGCGGCCGCUGCCUCUGCUCCGAGGGGUGGACAGGACCCUCGUGCCAGCAAGCCUGCCCGGAGGGGUUUUUUGGGAAGAGCUGCCAGCAGCGCUGCCUCUGCCAGAACGGCGGCACCUGCGACCCGGCCACGGGCGGCUGUGCCUGCCCUGCGGGCUGGACCGGGCUGGCCUGCGAGCUGGGUGAGGAAACAACGGGGAACACCUCUGGGGCACACACAUCCUGCUUUGGAAUGUCUCACUGCACCUGUGCCCAAGGACAGCACGGUCUGGACUGCCAGCAGCGCUGUGAGUGCCAGCACGGGGGGCUCUGCGAGCGCCGCACCGGGCGCUGCCUCUGCCAGCCCGGCUGGACCGGCGACAAGUGUGAGAAACCCUGCCUGCCAGGUUUCUUUGGGAGGAGCUGUGCCAGUCGCUGUGGCUGUCCCCCGGGAGUGCCCUGUCACCACGUCAGCGGGCAGUGCGGCUGCCCGCCAGGACUGACCGGCCCUGCGUGUGAAAAACCCUGCCUGCCAGGGACCUUCGGGCAGGGCUGUGCUCAGAUCUGCCAGUGCGCCGGAGCCACCCAGGAGUGUCACCCUGUCACCGGGGCCUGUGUCUGUCCCCCCGGCUUCCACGGUCCUGCCUGCCAGCUGGAGUGCUCCCCGGGCUGGUACGGCCGGGACUGCGAGCGGCCGUGCCGGUGCAGGAACGGGGGCCGGUGUGACAGUGCCACGGGGAUGUGCCACUGCCCGGCGGGCUUCAUCGGCGCCGACUGCUCCAUCGGUUGCCCCGCUGGCCGCUACGGGCAGGACUGUGCAGAGCUGUGCCCCUGUGGGACCGGAGUUCCCUGUCACCCUGUCACCGGAGAGUGCGUGUGCCCUCCAGGCAGAGCUGGCCGCAGGUGUGAGCAAGGUUGUGAGCAGCAGCGCUACGGGCUGGGCUGCCAGCAGCCCUGCUCCUGCCAGAACGGGGGGCUCUGCGACUCCACCGACGGCUCCUGCUCCUGUGCACCCGGCUGGACGGGCAAAUCCUGCGAAUUAGAAUGCCCUCCGGGAAGCUUCGGUGCCGCCUGCCAGCUGCGCUGCCCCUGCCUGCACAACGCCAGCUGCCACCCGGCCACGGGCGCCUGCCGCUGUCCCGCCGGCCACUACGGGCCCCUGUGCGAGCACAGCUGCCCGCCGGGAUUCCACGGAGAGGGCUGCCGGGAGCGCUGUGCCUGCGGGCACGGCGCGGGCUGUGACCCCGCCACCGGGCGCUGCCGCUGUCCCCCGGGGCUGCGGGGCGAGCGCUGUCACGCAGGCUGCAAGGAAGGGACGUACGGCGAGGGGUGCCAGCAGCUCUGUGACUGCCCCAGCGAUGUCCCCUGCGACCCGGUGACGGGGCGCUGCCUCUGCCCCCCCGGCAAAACCGGCCCCACGUGUGCUGCAGACUGCCAGCCCACCCACUUCGGCCCCGACUGCCGCCUGCCCUGCCAGUGUGCCCCCAGCUCCUACUGCAACGCCCGGAACGGGCAGUGCCUGUGCCUGGACGGCCACACGGGACCCACCUGCCAGGAAGGUGAGGGCACGGAAGGGACAGCGGUCCCAGAACCCGAGGGGAGGCUGGACCUGUGCUCAGGUGUGGGUCCUGUGCUCAGGUGUGGGUCCUGUGCCAGGGGUUGGGGAGCAGUAAAUCAGCUCAGCCCACUCACGUAGAGUAGCACCUUCCUCUUCCAAAGCCCUCAGUUGCUCUGACCUGUUUCUGCCACUGCAGCCACGAGGGAGG